CCGAGCAAUCGUCGUCCGCAGUACGGGUAUCUCCGCAGCGCACGCACGCACGCACGCACGCACGCACAGUACAGCUCGUUGUUGCAGCCGACAGGUUUUAUACGACCGAGUGUGUGAGUGAGUGAGUGUGUGACAGAGAGACACCCGCGAGUUACCCACUAUCGUCAUGGUCGCCGCCGAUGACAAGCCCUUCGAUGAAGCGUUCCAGGGCGUCGGGCAGAAACUCGGGCUCGAGAUAUGGAGAAUCGAGAGUAUGAAGGUCGUGCCAGUGCCAAAACAAUACUACGGGCAGUUCUAUAGCGGUGACUCCUACAUCGUCAUGAAGACGCGUCAAGUCGAGAACAGACUAGAAUGGGACAUCCACUUCUGGCUGGGCAAAGAGACCUCCCAGGAUGAGCAGGGCGUGGCGGCGUACAAGACCGUGGAGUUAGAUGACAGCCUAGGUGGCGCACCGGUGCAGUACCGAGAGACGCAGGGCCACGAGUCGAAGAAAUUCCUCUCGUUUUUUAAGAAGGGAAUUAAGUAUCUCCAGGGAGGCGUUGCAUCUGGCUUCAAUCAUGUGGCACCAGAUAGUCACCAGCCCCGCUUGUUGCAUGUCAAGGGCAAGCGUAACGUGCGCGCUACCCAGGUGGAGUGCAACGUCGGGUCGUUGAAUGCGGGAGAUGUCUUCGUUCUUGACUGCGGCAUGGACGUGUACGUGUGGUGUGGACCUGACUCCGGUCGCAUGGAGAGACAUAGGGGAAUCCGCUUGGCUAAUGAUGUUCGUGACAACGAGCGCGCCGGUAGAGCAGACAUCCACAUCCUAGAUGGCACAACCAGCGACGAUGACUUCUUCGCUGCGCUCGGAGGACGCGGAGAGAUUAAAUCGGCGGAAGAGGGCGGUCUCGACGACGAGGUUAUCCUCACCAGACGCCAGGUUGCGCUAUACAGGGUGAGCGAUGAGAAGAUGGACGAAACCAACAAAGCCAUCAAGGCGGUUCGCGUCGGUGUGGCGCCCCUGGAGCAGUCGGCCCUUGACGCACAGGACUGCUUCAUCCUGGAUUCUGGAAAGUCUGGCAUCUUCGUCUGGAUCGGCAAGCAGUCCAGCAACCAGGAGCGAGCAGCAGCGAUGAAACACGCUUCGAACUACGUCACGGCCCGUGAUUACCCUGGCUGGACCCCGGUGACCCGCGUCAUUGAUGGCGCCGAGCCGGCUAUGUUCAGGCAAUACUUCAAUUCAUGGACCCGUCAGGAGCACCAUUCGGCCGUGCUGGGAGCAAACGUGUCCGUGGGAGAGGUGCUGGAAGACACUGCACCUGAAUCCGUUAAGGAGCUUCCAACGAUCUCCAAGAGAAGGAAGAGAAUUUUCAACUGGGGUCCUCUCGCGAAGCACGGCGGCAGAGCCUGUGGCUUCAUGCCGGACGACGGAACCGGAAACGUCGAGAUCUGGCGCAUCCACAAGUUCAAGAUGGUUCCGCUGGAGCCGGAUCAGUACGGAUUCUUCUGCGGCGGUGACAGCUACGUCAUCAAGUACUCCUACCGCAAAAAGCUGAAGGAGGGCAAGAAGAGCAAGAAGGAGAACUACAUCAUCUACUUCUGGCAGGGUAAAGAAAGCAGCCAGGACGAGAAGGCUGUGUCUGCAUUUAGCGCGGUGAAACUGGAUGACGAACUAGGUGGCGCUGCAGUGCAGAUCCGCGUUGUUCAAGGUCGGGAACCGGAGCAUUUCCUGACCAUCUUCAAAGGAAGAAUGGUUGUCCUCAUGGGUGGCAAGGCGAGCGGCUUUAAGAAUAUACACGAUCACGACACGUUUGACGUUGACGGCACCCGCCUCUUCCACGUCCGAGGAAGUACGGAAACCAACACCAGAGCUCUGCAGGUUGCUGAAGUGCCAGACUCGCUAAACUCUGAGGAUGUCUUUGUGCUUGAGACUCCUUCUAACACUUUCGUGUGGCAAGGAAAGGGCUGCAUCGAUGUGGAGCGUCAGAUGGGAUUCAAUCUGGCAGGAAUUGUAUCUCCUGGUGGUGAGGCCGUGUCCUUGGAGGAGGGAGAGGAGCCCGAGGAGUUCUGGAUCUGUCUCGGAGGUUACGGCGAGUAUCCGUCGAAGCACGAUUGGGAGAACCCACGCGCCGCUGCCACGCGCGAUCUUCCAGGUCGCACGUUCGCGUCAACAAGAGGCCUGCAACGCGCGAGCGAGAUCGAGAGUUGGCAAGCGCGAAGGCCAAGUAUGGGCAAAAACCGUGCAAGGACACCCAUGAUGGACUUACCGUCGACAGUAGACGCCCCGAGGCCGACGCAGGAUGCAGACUCGCCGACGCCGGUGGUCACUGCGAAGCCUAGCAGUUACACGAGACCUGCCCUGGAUACUCCAGUCUGCUGCCCGCAGCAUGCCAGCAGCAGUGAAGGCCGCGAGCCGUUUCACACGGGUGUCUACACUGUGAUUGGAAGUGCUAAGUUUCUUGCUGUAGGGCCCCCGGACUGUCUACCUUACCACUAG